AUGGCGCGACCCGGGCUCAUUCAUUCCCCGCGGGGCCUGCCGGACACCUGCGCGCUCGGGAGGCCGCCCGCCGCCGCCGCCGCCGCCGCCAGCAUGUCGGGCCCCACCGGAGAGACCCCGUCCGCCAUCCAGAUCUGCCGGAUCAUGCGGCCCGAUGACGCCAACGUGGCCGGCAACGUGCACGGCGGGACCAUCCUGAAGAUGAUCGAGGAGGCGGGCGUCAUCAUCAGCACCCGGCACUGCAACAGCCAGAAUGGGGAGCGCUGCGUGGCCGUGCUGGCCCGGGUGGAGCGCACGGACUUCCUGUCGCCCGUGUGCAUCGGCGAGGUGGCGCACGUCAGCGCCGAGAUCACCUACACCUCCAAGCACUCGGUGGAGGUGCAGGUGCACGUGAUGUCCGAGAACAUCCUCACAGGCACCAAAAAGCUGACCAACAAGGCCACGCUGUGGUACGUGCCCCUGUCGCUGAAGAACGUGGACAAGGUCCUGGAGGUGCCCCCGGUGGUGUACUCGCGGCAGGAGCAGGAGGAGGAGGGCCGCCGGCGCUAUGAGGCCCAGAAGCUGGAGCGCAUGGAGACCAAGUGGAGGAACGGGGACAUCGUGCAGCCCGGCCUGAACCCAGAGCCGAACACGGUCAGCUACAGCCAGUCCAGCCUGAUCCACCUGGUGGGGCCUUCGGACUGCACGCUGCACGGCUUCGUGCACGGAGGCGUCACCAUGAAGCUCAUGGACGAGGUGGCCGGCAUCGUGGCUGCGCGGCACUGCAAGACCAACAUCGUCACCGCCUCCGUGGACGCCAUCAACUUCCACGACAAGAUCAGGAAAGGCUGCGUCAUCACCAUCUCGGGGCGCAUGACCUUCACGAGCAAUAAGUCCAUGGAGAUCGAGGUCCUGGUGGACGCCGACCCCGUGGUGGACAACACACAGCGGCGCUACCGGGCCGCCAGCGCCUUCUUCACCUACGUGUCCCUGAGCCAGGACGGCCGGUCGCUGCCGGUGCCCCAGCUCCUGCCCGAGACCGAGGACGAGAAGAAGCGCUUUGAGGAAGGCAAAGGGCGGUACCUGCAGAUGAAGGCGAAGCGGCAGGGCCAGGUGGAGCCUCAGGCCUAG